AUGGUAUCAUCCAUGUUCACUGUGAUGCCAUGUCCGUGGUCAGAUUUCACGGUGACCAGGAAAACGAGUGCAGCCACCCACUCGAUUGGAGAUUUCCAAGAUGAUCAAUGUGAUGCCGUGCAUAAAUUCAAUUCUGACGAAGCUAGAACUUUAAAGAAUAUGGACGAAUUAGCUGAAAAUUCCAAUAUUAAUGAAACUGUUGCUGGAAGUGGUCAUGAGAUACCGGCUGAGGACCUGAUUGACAUGUGGUCGAUCCAUACUGCGAAAUCGAGGUAG